AUGAAGGCAUUCACACUCCUCGCCCUCGUCGGCGCCGCCGCCGCCGACCUAACCUCCACCGGCGCAUCCCUAAUCCUCAACGAUGUCUACUACUUCAUCUCCCCCUUCGCCCAGGGGAAUCCCUCAAACUCCUCCUUCAACAUCAAAUCCCUCCCCCGCGCCUUCGGCUUCACCCCCGUCACAGUCGUCGCCGAGCCACUCCCCAAAUCCUCCCUCACAUCCCUCUUCGCAAACUGGACAUCCCAAGACGACGUCUGGCAGCCCGCCUUCCUCGGCGCAAUCUUCCUCGCCGGGCUCGAUACGCCAUGCCUCACAAAGGAAAGCUACGACGGCACGAACAAGACCCAGUCCAUCGUCGCGCCGUUUGGUAGCACUGCUGCCACCAGCAACAUCCCCUCGGGCCCGUACUUCCUCGACACAUCAUCAGGCGCUCUCCACCAAGCCUACCGCCUCUACCCAGACUACGCAGGCGCCUUCUCCGAAUCCCUCCUCCAGAAGCAAGACACCACCUUCCAAACCCUCUCCGCCCAGGUCCCCGCCUCCGCCUCUCUCACAAUCGGCGUCCCCUCCCGCCUAUACUCCCUCUCCACGCGCUCUCCCGAAAAGCCUCUCGCCGGCGUCCGCAUAGGCGUAAAAGACAUCUACGACCUCGCCGGUGUCAAAAAGUCCAACGGCAACAGAGCCUGGUACGCCCUCUACCCACCCGCGACCUCCACCGCACCCGCAAUCCAAGCUUUACUCGACGCAGGCGCCGUGGUUGUGGGAUACCAAAAGCCUUCGCAGUUUGCAAACGGCGAGACAGCGACGGCGGAUUGGGUGGAUUACCACUCCCCCUUCAACCCGCGCGGCGACGGCUACAACGAUCCCUCUUCCUCGUCCUCGGGCGCGGGCGCAUCCAUAGGUUCGUAUGAGUGGUUGGAUAUUGCAGUAGGCAGCGACACGGGCGGCUCGAUUCGCGGUCCGUCUGCCGUGCAGGGUCUCUUUGGGAACCGGCCUUCGCACGGGUUGGUUGGGUUAGAUGGCGUGAUGCCGCUCUCGCCUACCCUCGACACCGCCGGCUUUUUGACGCGGGAUCCGUGGAUCUGGGAUGAGGCGAAUAAGGUGCUGUACGGGGCGAAUUACACCUCGCUGGUUGGAAUUGAGGCGGAGGUGACGUAUCCCGAGACGGUGUACACUGUCGACUUUCCUACCGACGAAGGACCAGCCGCACAGAUGCUGAAUAAGUUUGCCGGGGACCUGGUCGCGUUCUUGGGCACGAAAGCGACGGCGCUGAAUUUGACGUCUGCUUGGGCCGAGUCAGGGCCCGAGGGAGUGCGGAAUCAGACGCUGGAUGAGGUUUUGGGGUUGACGUAUGCCACGCUCAUCACCAAGGAGCAGACGCCGCUUGUGCGUGAUCCGUUUUAUGCUGAUUAUGCCGCCGCCCACAACGGCCGCCUCCCCUUCAUCAACCCUGUCCCCCUCGCACGCUGGGGCUGGGGCGACGCGCAACCCGCCAGCGCUCUCGACGACGCAAGAGCCAACAAGACGCUCUUCAUGGACUGGUUCAACACCGAGAUCCUCCCUCCCUCUGCCCCUGCCCUGAACACCUCUGUCUCGUCAACAUGCUCCUCGGCUCUCCUCUUCUACGUAGGCUCCUCCGGCCGCGCUUCCCUUCGAAACCGCUACCCUACGACCACGACGCCCACCCCGCCGCUGGGCUUCUCCAAUGGCCGACUGAGCGUCUUCAGCGGCGCGCCGGACCAUGUUUUCCCCCUGGGAGAGAUUGGUAGCGUUAGUUCGGUUACGAAUGCGACGGAGAUGUUGCCUGUUACUGUAGAUGUUAUGGCUGCGAGGGGGUGUGAUGGGCUGAUUGUGAGGUUGGCGCAGGACCUUGUGGAAGCUGGGAUUUUGAAAGUGCCGUUGGCUGGGGGGACGCUUGCUGGGGGUGAGGUUUUGUUCAGGAGGGACGUUGAGGAGUGGUUUUGA